UAGCCCUGAUACUUAAGAUCUUUCACAGAUCCUCGAGUCUCAAGAUGGAUCACAUUUUCUGAAGAGUUCAGAUGACGUUUUAGCUGAUGGAGAUCUCUUCCAUAUACUUUCAUCAGAGACCCGUGGUAAAUCAUUUACAAGAGUAUUACCGAGCAAGGAAAUGAAAGAUUCACAGUCUCCCAGAGCAUCACUUCCAGGGAGUGACAGACCAGCAGUACCAUUCGUCGCCCCCACUGUUGUUAUUAAAAGAAAGCCACUGGAGACUGACAUCUCAAAGGCUACCAUUUCAGAAGAGAAUUUACAAAGUAAGACUGAAAAACAGACUUACCAAGAAGAAAGAGAAUUGGAUGCUCAGGAUGAGGAGUCAGAUGGCAGCCUUCUGCCUGAGAAUGAAUUACUGUCAAAACCUGACACAGCAAUGUUGAGACAAAGAGGAAACAGACGCACUGGAUUUCUUAUAACUAAGCCAAAUGAUACGCUGUCUGUUAAAGAUCAAUGGCCUGAGGACAUAAUUUUAAUGUUAAGAAGCCAACUUCAAAUUAAGAAUCUCAGAGCUGCCGGAAGUGACAGUUUUGAUACUCAGGAUAAGGUACCAGACGGAAGUCUUACAUAUGAGCAUCAAGCCUUACCAUCGACAACACAAGAGCAAGCAAACACACAAAGGACGCCUGGAGGUGAAACAGACGUUACUCAUGAUGAAGGACCAGCUGAAAACCCUAUGCUUGAGCAUCAGGGCUCAGUGUUGGAAACCCAGCUGGAAGCAAAGAAACAAAGACCUUCUGAAGGGAAAAGACUCAGUGGUUAUGAUAGAGCAUCAUAUGAAAAUCGUACGCCGGAGCACCAAGAACCAGCGUCAGAAACCCGACCAGAAGCACAGAGACAGAGAGAGAAGAGACUCCGUAAAUCUCGUGACGACGUUCCAGACAGAAACCCUGUGCUUACGCCUCAGGACUCAGUGUUAAAGCUCCAAAUGCAGGUACAGAAGCAAGUAACGUCUGGAAGGGGAAGACCUGAUAGUUACUACGGAGCACCAGAUAAAGACCUUACGUUUGAGAAUCAGGAUUCAGUUUCAAAACCCCAAGUGCAAGUAAAGAAACAAAUAACUUCCAAAGGGGAAAGACGCCACACAUUUCCUCUUGAAAACCAGAAAAACAACACGACAACACUUGGAAAUCUCCCUCCUGAGAGGGAAGAUUUAUUUUCGAGAAACCAGUCUCAGGCUACGAAACUUGGAGCUACCAGAAAGGAGGAUCUGGAUACUCAGAAAGCGGCACUAAAUCUCUUAACCAAGGAGGAAGUGGAAUUGUCAAAAAACCAGCCUCAGACUAAGAAACUUUGGCCUGUCGAAAUGGAAACACUAAGUAGUGUGGAUGAACUCUCAGAUGAGACUUUUACACUUAACGACGUAGAAUCAGCUGCAGGAUACAAGGAUCAAAUUCAAACAAGUGGAGUUUAUCGCUCGGAAAGACUGGGAGAAACUGACCUAGAACGUUUGAAAGAUACUGUUGGAAGACGCCUAUUAGCGGGGGAAGUGAAGAUAGAACCAAAGAGCCUCCCUGCUGAGAUAGAAGGUUGCUUGCAGUUGGCCAAAGGAGAAAGGCCCUGGUGA